AUGCCGAAAGACGGAGAAGACAAAAACUCAGCGACAGGCUCUCACUUUACGCGCUAUGGAAUGGAAAGCAAGAAUGUUGUUCCGAAUGUUCGGAGUUUUAAUUCAAGGUUACGUGGAUUGGUGUUGGAGAAUAGAGUGGCGGAUGCUGUUGGCUUGUUGGAAGAAAUGGAGAGCAAGGGAGUUAACCAGGAUGUUAUUAGUUAUAAUGCGGUGCUGAUAGGGUUAUGCAAGGAUGAAAAUGUUGAGGAAGUGAAAAGUUGGUACAGGAAACUCGGAGAAAAUGGUUACGAGCCUGAUAGGGUUACGCACGUGACGCUCAUUACGUUCUUCGUAAGAAGGGUGACCUUGACAUGGCCUCAUGUGGUGAAUGAGCUUGUUAAGCUGUCGAGGGUUGAAGAAGUUCGGGGUAUUGUUGAAUUGGGGAAGUCGAAUAAGCAUUCUUAUAGAUUGAGUUUACCUUUAGAUAAGUAG